GCGCCGACCAUCCGCCCCGCCCCGGCCUCCGCCGUGUGUUUACGUGGAGACAAAGAUGGCGGCGGUGACCGCGGGGCCCGUGCUGCCGGGCACGAGUUGCCAGUGAGCGCCUAGCGGGUCGUGAGUGGCCGCGGAGCUCUGUCCGUCUUGUCUAAGCAGAUCUUUCCUCUCCAUCCCGUCCCCGCCUGCCCAGCAGAUGCCAUGGAGGACGAGGAGAGGCGAAGAAAGGUGGAAGCCGGCCGGGCGAAGCUUGCUCAGUUUCGACAAAAAAAGGCUCUCCGUGAUGGGCAGAGUAUCAAGAAGCAUAAAAAGAAAAAAUCAAGCUGCAAACAAGAUUUAGACAAUUUAAAUGUUAAGCACCAGGGUGAUGAGACAUCUAUGACUAGCUCCUCGUGCAUAGACUCAGCUGGGAAUUCCGAUUCCACCAGAAGGGCUCUUCCCACCGGAGAACUUGUGCAACAUGGCCAGGACCUCUCUGCUGAGGCUGAAAGUGAAAUAUCUACAACAGGUGACGAGAGCAGCUCAGAGGAAGACAACUUUGCCUCUGAUGACUAUAACUUAGAAGAAGGGGCACAGUCCACGAAGAACCACCUUGAGUUUAUGAAGAACAGCUUGACCGAGAACCAGAGGGAUGUAGAACUUACUCAGGAGCUGGACGAGAUGAGGACCACCUUUGGGACCCAAGGCCUGCAGCAGCUACAGGAAUUUGAAGCUGCUAUACAUAAAAGAGAUGGAAUAAUUACUCAGCUUACUUCUAACUUACAGCAGGCUAGGAGAGAGAAAGAUGAAAUAAUGAGAGAAUUCUUAGAGUUAACGGAACAGAGCCAGAAGUUACAGGUUCAGCUUCAACACCUGCAGGAAUUUGAAGCUGCUAUAAAGCAGAGAGACGGGAUUAUUACCCAUCUUACCUCUAACUUACAGCACGCUAGGAGAGAGAAAGAUGAUGUAAUGAGAGAAUUGUUAGACUUAACGGAACAGAGCCAGAAGUUACAGGUUCAGCCUCAGCAGGAAAAAGAUAGAAAAGUAGAAAAAUUAAAUAAGAAAGAAAUUCAAGAGAAACAGGCAAUCAUUGACGCAUUGAAUACAAGAAUAAUCGAAGAGGAGAAAAAAACUGUUGAGCUAAAGAGUAAAGUAACAACUGCUGAUAAAUUGUUAGGAGACUUACAAGAACAGGUUGCAGAAAAGGACCAAGAGAUCAAAAGCCUGAAACUAGAACUGGCCAGCUCUCAGCAAAAUGAGCGAAAGUGCUCUGAGGAAAUUAAGCAGUUAAUGGGGACAGUUGAAGAACUCCAGAAGAGAAAUCUUAAGGACAGCCACCUGGAAAAUGACACAGUGCAAAGAGUGGAACGAGAAGCGCAGCGUCGGUUAGAGCAGCUCCAAGCGGAGCUAGACGAGACGUACGGGAAGCAGAUAGUGCAGAUGAAGCAAGAGUUAAUCAAACAGCACAUGUCCCAGCUAGAGCAGCUGAGAUCCCAGCAUCAGGAGGAAAUGCAGAACGCAGUCAAUGAAGAGCAAUUAAAGUUAAUGAGUGAACUGAGGAUGCAGCUAAAGGCCACGCAGUCUCAGAAGGAAAAACUCAAGGAAGAGCUUGGGGUAGUUGUGGGAGAAAAGUCAGCUUUACAGAGUCAGUUUGAAGACCUUUUGGAAGAGUUAAGCUUCUUUAGAGACCAGGUUCAGAAAGCCAGACAGACGAUAGCUGAGCAAGAAAAGAAAAUAAGUGAUGCACGCAGGUCCCUUAGCACAGUGGAGGACCUGAAAGCUCAGAUUGCGGCGGCCUCGGAAUCCAGAAGGGAACUCGAGUCAAAGCAUGAAGCAGAGGUUACAAAUUACAAGAUAAAACUUGAAAUGCUAGAAAAAGAAAAAAACGCUGUACUAGACAGAAUGGCGGAGUCCCAGGAAGCUGAGUUGGAGAGGCUGAGAACACAGCUCCUCUUCAGUCACGAGGAAGAGCUUUCCAAAUUAAAAGAAGAUCUAGAAGUUGAACAUCAAAUAAAUAUUGAAAAACUUAAAGACAAUUUGGGCACUCACUACAAGGUGCAGUUAGAUGGCCUUCAGAGUGAACUGAGGAGGAAGAUGGAGACCAUGCAGUGUGAAACAGACAGCUUGAUAACGCAGCGGGAUCAGUUAAUUUUGGAAAAUUCAACACUAAGAGAUUUACAGGAACACGUUAUUAAUUCAAAAUCAGAAGAAAUGACUCUUCAAAUCAGUGAACUUCAAAAAGAGAUUGAAACCCUGAGACAGGAAAGAUUAAUUGCCAUAGACUCUAGCACCUGCAAAUCAGAGUGUACGUGUCAAAGAGCAAUAGAGGUACUUACCGAGGAAAAGGAGGGGCUCAAACAGCAGUGUCUCCACCUAACAGAAGAAAUUGAAAAGCAAAGGAAUACAUUUUCGUUCGCUGAGAAAAACUUCGAAGUCAACUAUGAGGAGUUACAGAAGGAAUACAUUUGCCUUCUCAAGGUAAGAGACAGUUUAGAAGACAGCCAAAUGAAGCAGGCCCUGGAAUACGAAAGCAAGAUUAAAGCGCUGAAGGAAGAGCUCCAUUUGCAAAGAGGAAGCGCAGCGAGGCAGCAGGGGCCGACGUCUUCCCCCCCUGAGCCCUUGGAAGGCAGUGAGAUUGUUGAGAAGGAUACGACAGAGCUAAUGGAGAAGCUGGAGGUGACAGAGCGAGAAAAGCUAGAGCUCUCAGAGAAACUCUGUGCUGUCUCUGAACAGCUGAAGCAGACACAUGGGAAGAUCGACUCUCUGAGUGCAGAGGUUAGCGUCUUAAAGCAAGAGAAGGAACACCUUUUAUUGAGAUGCAGAGAGCUAGAAGUCCCCACCAACCCUAAGGAAAUAGAAACUGCAGCUUCAUGCCCUGCGCAGCUGAGCUCUUGCAAAGCUGGGCUUGAGACUGUGACAGGAGUGGACUCUGGAGAAUCUAUUCCUAAAAUCAGUGAAGAUCCGGCUAAAGAAGCAAAACUGGUGAUAGAAACUAAAAUUCCCUUUAAAGAAAGUGACAGAGAACAGUUGCUUCUGCCAACAAGAACUGAAGUAUCCAGUGUGACAGCUGAACCCAGUGAAAAUGAAAAACUCCAGCAGGAGCUUCGUGUCCUCAAAGCCCAGCAGGAUGACCUAAGGCUGCAGAUGGAAGCCCAGCGGAUAUGCCUUUCUCUGGUUUAUACAACUCACUCGGAGCAGGUUGUUGAGUACAUGGAGAAGGAAAGAGACGAAGCUCUUUGUAGCCUUAAAGAAGAGCUUAUUUCUGCUCAGGAGGAAAAGAUCAAGGAGCUUCAUAAAACACACCAGUGCCAGCUCCAAAGUCUGCGAGCACAGGAGACAGGUGAUGAGCCUUUGCAGGUGCUCAUUGACCGCCUUCAGAAGGCAGUGUCUGAGGAAUGCUCUUACAUUUCAAAGACUCUAAGCAGUGUUCUUGAUGACUAUUAUACUCCUUUAAAAUGUGAAAUGAAUAUAGAAGAGAAAGAGAAUUCUGGUGUUUACACUUCUCAAAACCAAAUGCCAGAAUUACAAGAAUAUAGAUACGAAGUUCAAGACUUUCAAGAAAAACUGCAAACGCUUCUUAGCAAAGUAACAGAAGAACGCAGCAAGCUCUUGGUACUGGAAAGACAGUUGAGCAAGAUUCACGAACAAAAAACAGACGGUGUUUUGACACUUGAGUUUGCUGAAGAAAAUGUGACAGAAGAGGAAGCAGAGGUUUUGUCGGCUCAUUUUCAGCCUGAUUCACAGAACACUGAUUUCAGUUGUGAUGGCAAGAUGUCUUCUCUACCAGUGAGUGAGGAGCAAGUUCGGGAGUUAGAGAGCUCUGUGAGCUCCUUAAAGCAACAGCUGAAGGAAGCUGAAGCAAACUACAGAGCCGAGAUCCAACUUCUGCAGGAAAGGAUUCAGGCUGCCAGUGAGGCCACAGCUCAGCCAAGCUUCUCCGUUGAUUCAGUGGUACAUAAAGACUCGGAUGCAGGGACAACUAUGUACUGUGGAAAUUCUCAAAAAGAGCAUAUCGAUGGCACAACAAAGUUUUCUGAUGGAUUUGAAUUGAAGCAAGAAACAAGUAUGAUUAAGUUGAUGGAAAAACAAUAUCAAGAACGACUAGAAGAAGAAAUAGCUAAGGUCAUCGUGUCAAUGAGUGUAGCAUUUGCUCAACAGACUGAACUCUCUAGAUUAUCUGAGGGGAAAGAAAACUUUAGCCAAUUAGAACAACCACAUGCUCUGUGUUUGCAAGAAAAGCGCCAUUUUAUUGAUGUCGAAUCACAACAUCAAGUUGGUCUCCAGACUUUUGAGGCAGCUGACAACAAGUUUAAAGAAGAAUGUCAACCUCUUAGCAAAGAAUUGGGAGAGCACAGAGCAGUCCCUGCGUCCACUCGGGACGGUCUCCAGGGUGCCCUAAAGCCAGAGGAGCGCGAGCUGACCAUUUCAGAAGAAAUACUUUCCAGAGAGGAAAUAUUUAUAGCUAGAAAAUCUCUCCAUGAUGAGGUGCUGGUGUCCAGUGUGGAUACUUCUAGACAACUGACGUUACAUGAAGAACAAUUAGAAGAUAUGCGGCAGGAGCUUGUCCGGCAGUACGAAGAGCAUCAGCAGGCCACGGAGCUGCUGAGGCAGGCCCACAUGCAGCAGAUGGAGAGGCAGCGAGAGGACCAGGAGCAGCUCCAAGAGGAGAUUGAGAGGCUCAACAAGCAGUUAGCCCAGAGAUCCUCAGUAGAUACUGAGAACCUGGUUUCAGAGAGAGAGAGGGUGCUUUUAGAGGAGCUGGAGGCGCUAAAGAAGCUGUCUUUAGCUGGAAGAGAGGAGGUGUGUUGUGAGCUGCGCAACAGCAGUACGCAAACACAGGAUGGAAAUGACAACCGAGAGGUUGAGGCACAGACAUUGAAAGAGAAGACACUGGAGAGAAACUCUGAAGAUGCACCGCUCGAUAUAAGCCUGACCAAUGAAAGGUAUGCUCUCAAAAAAGCCAAUAAUCGUCUUCUGAAGAUCCUGUUAGAAGUUGUCAAGACAACAGCUGCUGCUGAAGAAACAAUUGGCCGCCAUGUUCUUGGGAUUCUGGAUAGAUCUAGUAAGGGUCAGCCGGUUUCCAGCCUGCUUUGGAGGUCAGACAUAGAGGCAUCUGCCAAGCCCAGUGCCCAAGAAGAAUGCACAAGAGUUGUGGAUGAGUCCAUACCCUCUUAUCCUGGAAGCGCCAUAGCGGUAAAGGACAGCAUGUGGUCACAAGUCACCGAGGAAGGAACGGAGCUGUCGCAGCGGCUUGUGAAGAGUGGCUUUGCUGGGCCUGUGAUAGAUCCUGACAAUGAAGAACUUAUGCUGAACAUUAGCUCUCGGCUACAAGCAGCAGUUGAAAAGCUGUUAGAAGCCAUAAGUGAGACCAGCAGUCAGCUUGAACAUGCGAAGGUUACACAGACGGAGUUGAUGCGUGAGUCAUUUAGACAAAAACAAGAGGCAACAGAAUCACUUCGGUGCCAAGAAGAACUGCAAGAGCGCCUUCAUGAGGAGUCCAGGGCCCGAGAGCAGCUGGCUGUGGAGCUCAGUAAAGCUGAGAGUGUCAUUGACGGUUAUUCAGAUGAAAAAACUCUUUUUGAAAGGCAAAUUCAGGAAAAAACUGAUAUAAUAGAUCGUCUUGAGCAAGAGCUGUUAUGUCUGAGCAGCAGGCUGCAUGAACUAGAGUCAGAGCAACAGCAGAUGCAUGAGGAGCGAGAGCUGCUGUCCAGGCAGAGGGAGGCCAUGAGGGCAGAGGCCGGCCCAGCGGAACAGCAAUUUCUACAGGAGACAGAAAAACUAAUGAAGGAAAAGCUGGAAGUACAGUGUCAAGCUGAAAAAGUGCGUGGUGACCUGCAGAAGCAAGUGAAAGCUCUAGAGACAGAUGUUGAAGAACAAGUUACUAGGUUCAUAGAGUUGGAGCGAGAGAAAAACGCCGAACUCAUAGAUCUAAGGCAGCAAAGCCAAGCACUGGAAAAACAGCUGGAAAAAAUGAGAAAAUUUUUAGAUGAACAAGCAAUAGAUAGAGAACAUGAGAGAGAUGUAUUCCAACAGGAAAUACAGAAGCUGGAGGAGCAACUUAAGGUUGUGCCCCGAUUUCAGCCUGUGAGUAAGCACCAAACCAGAGAGGUUGAACAGUUAACUAAUCAUUUGAAAGAGAAGACAGACAAGUGCAGUGAGCUCUUGCUGUCGACAGAGCAGCUACAGAGAGACAUACAAGAAAGGAAUGAAGAGCUGGAAAAGCUGGGGUGCCGCGUGCGGGAGCUGGAGCACGCUCUCACCGCUAGUGCGGACGCCGUUCCAAAGGUAGAGGACCGGAAACACUUUGGAACUAUCGAGGCUAAACCAGAGUUGUCUCUAGAAGUUCAGUUGCAGGCUGAGCGAGAUGCUAUCGACAGGAAAGAAAAAGAGAUCACAAACUUAGAAGAGCAAUUAGAGCAGUUUCGGGAAGAACUGGAAAAUAAGAACGAUGAGGUUCAGGAGCUCCACAUGCAGCUAGAGAUACAGAGGAAGGAGUCCGCCACCCGCCUGCAGGAGCUCCAGCAAGAAAACAGGCUCUUCAAGGAUGAAAUGGAAAAACUGGGUUUUUCUAUGAAGGAAUGUGAUCCUUUAUCUACUCAGGAUCAGCCUAUGCUGUUUGGGAAAUUUACGCAGAUAAUGCAAGAAAAGGAAAUUGAAAUUGACCGAUUAAAUGAGCAGCUUAUAAAACUCCAGCAGCAACUUAAGCUCACAACAGAUAACAAGGUCAUUGAAGAAAAAAAUGAACUGAUACAAGAUCUAGAAACCCAGAUUGAAUGUUUGAUGAGUGAUCAAGAACGUUUGAAGAAAAAUAGAGAAGAGGAAAUAGACCAGCUCAGUGGAGUGAUUGAAAAAUUGCAGCAAGAGUUGGCCAGCGUCGAGCAAAAGACAGCGGAUACCUGUACCCUCGCCAAAGACGCGGACAGCUUCAAACUUCAGCUGGAUAAGGUGACUGUGGAAAAGCUGGCUUUGCAACAGCAGGUAGAAUCCACCAGUGAGGAAAUGGCAUAUAUGAAAAAUGUACUUAAAGGAAUCAAUUUUCAAAUGGAUCAGGUAACAGAAACACUAUGUAGCCCGAGGAAAGAAUGUGCAAGCAAGGAAAAACUUCCAAGUGUGCCUAAGGAAAGUGUGGACAUGGCCGUCAAUGAACUCAGCAGUGACAAACUGCAUCCAGAAGAUGUCCCUACCCAGGAUGCUGCUAAGCUUCUAGAAAAUCAGGCUUUCUUUACGUGUAUUGAAGACAGCACCAAGGCUUCCAGAAGUCCAGAAGCAAAAUCAGUACUACUGGAGAGUUGUGUUAGUGCGCUGGACAUGCAGCUCAGCCAGGGUCAGAGACAAGUAGAAACCAUGCAGGAGCAAGGCCAGUCUGAACUAGAAAUGCUACAAAAGAAGGUCACAAACCUGCAGAAAAUACUUGAGGAGAGAGUCACUGUGGCACUGGCCAGUCCGGAGUCUGUGCAGUCCUACCAAGAGACGCAGACAAUCUCAUCACAGCCUGAAAGGACAGAUGUACAGAAUGAAAAUCAUCUGACAGAAAACAACACAGACUCAGAUGGCCCCACAUUAGCCACGAGAGUAACAGAGUUAGAGACCCAAGUAGCGAAAGUGCGCAGUAGUAAACUACCAGAAAAAGAACAAGUAGGCAUUUCAGAGAAAAGUGCCUUGGAGGCAGAAAAGAAAGUUCUAGAGCUACAGAAGCUGUUAGAAAAUACCAAGAAAAGGCAGGAAGAGGAAGGGGAAAAAAGCUGUGCGUAUUUAGAGAUCAAAGAAAGCAAUAUAACAGCACUUCAGAAAGACUUAAGCCAAGUUAAGGAUCAGCUCUCAGAAGCCAAGGAAAAAUUAUCCCACUUCUUAGGAAAUGAAAGGACUGGAGAGCAGGAAAGCAGAAAUGUCCCCGUGCCAGAGCCACUUCCUGUUGAAGUAGGUAGCCCCUCUGGGCCCCAGGCAGAGAGAGCCAGCAAGGCUGGUAGCAACCAGACUCUGCAGAUCCUUGUUGGAAAUGCACGAAUUCAGAUCGGCUUACAGAAUGAGCACUCCCCCGAAGUCAUGGAGACCGUCAGUCGGUUUACUGAAAAAAUUGAACAAAUGCAAGAGCUACAUGCUGCCGAGAUUUUGGAUAUGGAAUCCAGACAUAUUUUAGAAACAGAAACUUUGAAAAGAGAGCAUUGUGCUGCUGUCCAGUUACUGACCGAGGAGUGUGAGACCUUAAAGGAGAUGACCCGGUGUCUGAAAUCCAGAGAGGGAUUAUCUAAUCCUGAAUUGACAUAUUCUAAUGUUUGCCAAACUAGAGAAACAUGUUCCAGUGAUUCUGAAUCAGACUAUGGUCAGAGCCAGGGAUUUGAUACAACAUUGGAAGAUCAAGAAGAGGGAGAAAAUACAAGUGAUUUAUUUCCAAAGAAAAUAAAGGGAUUAAUAAGAGCUGUCCAAGAUGAGGGCGUGCAGGUGCUCUCUCUUUCACGGUCCUCCUACGAUGAAGAGGGCCACUCCAGUCAGCUCGGUUCCAAAUCUUGGUUAGAAGAGAGAAGAGCUUACCUCAGUACCAUCUCAUCACUUAAAGAUUUAAUUUCUAAAAUGCAAGUGCAAAGAGAAACUGAGUACUAUGACAGCGUCUGUGACUAGCGAGGUGAACUUGUGUUUGCCCUUCAACAUGUGUUCAUAAAGGAGUGUAGUGUUUUACUAGCUGCCUUCCAAACUGAGCUGACAUCUUUCAGCACUAGAGAUGCAGCUGGAUUAUUAAAGUGUUUGGAACAGAGAAUACAGGAGCAAGGCACUGAAUAUCAAGCAGCCAUGGAAUGUCUCCAGAACGCUGACAGGAGGAGUCUGCUGGCUGAAAUUAAAGCAUUGCGUGCUCAAAUUAACAGCAGGAAAGUGACUCCGAAAAGAGAAGAGGAAACAGACAGAGCAAGCCAAGAACUCGGAGACAGCAGUACACAGCAGAAGCAGUCUCCCAUGCUGGAAGUUGAGGCGGAACUCAGCAGCCUGAAGGACAGAGCGGCGGAGCUGCAUGACAAGCUGAGUUCAGAAAAGAUGGUGGUCGCAGAACUAAAAAGUGAACUAGCACAGACAAAACUGGAGCUGGGAGCAACACUCAAGGCCCAGCAUAAGCGCCUAAAAGAAUUAGAAGCAUUCAGGUUAGAGAUUAAAGAUAAGACAGAGGAAGUGAAUUUCCUUACUGAUACAUUAGCAAACGAGCAGAAGAAGUCACUAGAGCUACAGUGGGCUUUGGAAAAAGAAAAGGCCAAGGCAGGACACCACGAAGAAGGAUACAAAGAAGAACUCGAGGAUCUGAAGUUUUCACUUGAGGAUCAGAAACGGAGAAAUGUACAGUUAAAUCUACUUUUGGAAGAACAGAAGCAACUACUAAAUGAAUCACAGCAGAAAACAGAAUCACAGAAAGUGCUGUUUGAUGCCCAGUUAUCGGAAGAACGAGGCCGGAACUUAGAGCUUCAGGUUCUGCUAGAGUCAGAGCAAGUUAGGGUUCGGGAGCUGCAGAGCACCCUGGACAAGGAGCGGGAGCUGCACGGCCAGCUGCAGAGCUGCGGUGACAGUGGGCAGCCCCCUCCAGCCUUACCUCCUGAGGACCUGCUGAAAGAGCUCCAGAAACAGCUGGAGGAGAAACACAGCCGCAUAGUGGAACUCUUAAAUGAGACUGAGAAAUACAAACUGGACUCCCUGCAAACACGGCAGCAGAUGGAGAAGGACAGGCAGGUCCACCGGAAGACGCUGCAGACAGAACAGGAGGCCAAUACCCAGGGCCAAAAGAAAAUGCACGAGCUGCAGGCCAAAGUGGAAGAGCUGCAGCGGCAGCUGCAGGAGAAAAGGCAGCAGGUGUACAAGCUAGACCUGGAGGGAAAGCGACUGCAGGGCAUUAUGCAGGAAUUCCAAAAGCAAGAGCUGGAAAGCGAGGAAAAACUGGGAAGUACGCGACUAGUGUAUCAGAAUCUUAAUGAGCCGCCUAUCUGGAACUUCGCUGAUGAUCGAACUAGAAAGUGGGUUCUUCAGCAGAAGUUAGGAGACACCAAGGACACGGACCACGCAAGGCUGAUUGAGAUGAAUGGAGGAGACCCUGACCAGAACUGUGACUUGAAAAUGAUCAGACAGACACUGCACCAUGUGGCCUCCAAACUUGAGCACGUGGCCCAGAAAGCCCGCAGCAGACUACAGUUUGAAGCAGCAGGUGGUGAUGCUAUUCUUUGGAUUCAGGAGACUAUUGGUGGAAUUAUUUUGCAACUACAGAGACUAACUGACCAGCCAAGCGAUAAGCACAGCUUAGUGCCCCCUGGUUCUUCUUGUGGCUCCUUGACAGAAAGCCUAAUGAGACAAAACGCUGAGCUCACAGGACACAUCACCCAACUGACCAAUGAAAAGAAUAACCUAAGGAACAUGAUCAUGAAGCUGAAAGAGCAGAUCAGGUGUUACUGGCACACCAGCGCUGGUAGAGGUUAUUCUUCUAGGUUUUCCUUCGCUGGUCAUGCUAACAUCGAAGCCAUCAUUGCUUCAGAAAAAGAAAUCUGGAACAGAGAAAAGUUGGCUCUUCAGAAAUCUUUAAAAAGGGCAGAAGCAAAAGUGUGUAAACUGAAAGCUGAACUAAGAAAUGACACUUUACUUCAGAAUCUGAGCCCUGACUCUGAGCAUGCCACCAUGCAGAGAAUUUACAGUAAAUAUUUGAGAGCCUCAGGUUUCCGAAAAGCUCUCAUAUAUCAGAAGAAAUACCUGCUGCUGCUCCUGGGGGGCUUCCAGGAGUGUGAAGAUGCCACCCUGGGGGUGCUUGCCCGCAUGGGGGAACACCCAACCUUCGCAGAUCCCGAGACAGUCACCAGCCACCCCAAGGGAUUCACCAGGUUUCGCUCUGCUGUCAGAGUGUCUAUUGCAAUUUCAAGAAUGAAAUAUUUGGUUCGGCGCUGGCAGCAAGUCACAGGCUCUAGUUCCAUCCAUAUUAACAGGGAUGGCUUUGGGCUGAGUCCAGGUGUUGAAAAGACUGAACCAUUUUAUCAUUCUGCUGGUGGGCUGGAGCUGUAUGGAGAACCAAGACACACAGCGUACCGCUCCAGGCCGGAUCUGGACUGCCCCAGGUCUCCCUUACCAUUUCAGAAUAGGUACCCAGGUGCUCCGGCAGAUUUAAAUCCUCCUUCCCUGGCCUGCUCCCAACUUCAACAGUAUGACCCUGAUAAAGCUCUGACAGAUUAUAUCACUCGGCUACAGGCACUGAACAGGCGACUCGGAGCCAUACAGUCAGGUUCAUCUACACAGUUUCAUACUGGCAUGAGGAGAUAAUCCUUUGAAACAUUAAUUUAAUAAAUAUUAAAUAGAUUCCCUUUUGUGAGUCAAUGGCUCUUUUGUGCUUUUGUAUUGUGAAUAUUCAAUGGGACCAAUACAAACACAGCUAUGAUUGUAUCCGAAUCCUUGCCAGCACAUGAAGACAAACUGGAGUUUGUGUAUAUAAGCAUUGUGUUCAUGCACAAUAAUCAUAAAAUAACAUGUAUAUUUGUAGAAUGCUAAUUUAAAUGAUUAAAUUAUAAACUUUGUGUAUUUGUAAGGGUAAAAAGAUUAAAGCUUUUUCAAAUGGCAAUGCUGCUGAAUGUGUAGCCUGCAGUGUCCUGCACUUUUCUUAAAGAGCUACUGAAGGUACAUGUUUCUGCCUAAUAUAUUUGCUACUGGUGAUGAAGACAGAACAUAUCACUCGUAGAGACCUAUUUUUGUAUAAUGGUAGAAGUUUGAACUUUAUGGGGUAUUUUGUCAAGUACUGAAAUAAAAAUGACUUCACCAUUUUCAUCAUCCUGUAUUUGAAACUUCUUGACUUUUAACUAAGCCACACCUCUUGGUACCUGUCACCUUGGUAUGUGUCUCAAAUAGGGAGAACUCAGGAUCUAAAAACUGGGUUUCUCUCCCUCCA